GCUACAGCGCCACUGUGGUGAUAGACAGGUAUUGCAGGGAGUUGUGCUGUUACCAUGGUACGGUGUCAGCGGCUGGACUAGAGCAAACUUCAAGGCGUGUGCUGAAAAAACAGCAUCAGAACGAUCUUGUACUGUGAAUAUUUUUACAGGACGAUUCAUUUAAAAGUGACAGCCGUGACUGUUUGUUUCCAGAAAGGGUGGACAAUAUGCCUUCUUAUAGCUAAGGGUAGCUAACGUUAGUUAUCGCUAGCUCGCUAGUGGUUGAAGCUGUGUAGUUAAUAUUAGCCAGUCGAAUCUAAAGAAUAAGCUGUUAAUUGCUACGAAGUCAAGACAAACGACGCUAUCAUGGUAGUAGCAUUUCAACAUGGAAUCUAAAAGUGCCCCUGACCUGUGUGAAGAUAAUAAGGAUGUUGUUCUAAGUCGCCAGUCCCUCCGGAAUGAAAAGAAAGAUUCUCAAGCAUCAUCCUUCCAAAAACGCAAAAAGAACUUCCGGGACAAGAUUCAGGAUGAAGAUGAAAAAGACAGCUAUGUUGAAAAUAGAUCAAAAACCUGGACGUGGCAUUCAGACCCUGAUCGAGACCAGAUAUCAGAUGAGGAGCACCGGAGAAGUAGUGGGUCAUGUUACUCGGAGGACUAUGAGAAUGAGUCUUUUUCAGAGCGUUCACUCUCACCAUACAACCAGUCCCAGACCCCAUACCUUAAUCCUCAAAGAGGGGUGCGGACAAAGAGAAUUUCUAGCAGCCCCCUUUAUAAGACAGGUGGUGUGGGGCGGAGGGGUGUUUCCCGUCCGCAGCGUCCGGGUGGCCAACGACUGACCCACCAGCAACGCAGGGGAGUGCAGUCACAAAGCAAGGAGUCCACACCACCUAAAGACCUGGACCUGGUGACUAAGAGGGUGCUUUCUGCUCGCCUGCUAAAGAUCAAUGAACUUCGUAAUUAUCUUGCUGAGCUGCAGCAGCGCACCGAUGAGCUGCAGAAAGAAAAUCGAGUUCUCAGACAGCUUCAGGUGCGUCAAGAGAAAGCCUUGCAGCGCUAUAAUGACACAGAAGGCGAGAUUUCCACGCUGCUGUCACGCCAUUCUAAUGAGACCCACGUGCUGCGUGAACGUCUCAGACGCACUCAGGAGCGGGAGCGGGCAGCUGAGCGACGUUUAAAGGACAGCGAAGAGCAGCUGCUGAAGAGUCAGGCGACCAUCGCCCGUUUGAAGAAGCUGGUCGACCAGCGAGAGUUAGGAGCCAGAGAUGAGCUAAACCGCAGGCUGGAGGAAGCGAAAGCACGGGCCCAGGAGUCGGAGUGCAAGAUUAAGGAGCUGGAGCGUAGCAUUGAGCUGAGCAACAGCAGCUACCACCGGCAGCUGGCUGCAGGAAGAAAGAAGACCAUCAAUGCCCAGGAGGAGAUCAGGAUUCUGCAGGAGGAGCUGGAACGAGUGACCAGUAAACUCAAGGAGAAGGAGAGAGAACUAGAUGCCAAAAACAUCUACGCCAACCGCAUGGCAAAGGGCUCACUAAGAAAAGAUACAGACAGUUACACAAAGCGGAAUGUCCCCAGCAGGAACAGCACCAAGGCAGUGCAGACUGAAGACAGGAUGUCUAAUCUGGACUUUCCCACACCUCCCCCUGCUAUCACUGCUACCAGUGAGUACAGUGAACGGCCACCUGACGAAUACCUAUCACUCAAGGAGCUUGACAGAGUGGACAGACAGGCAGAAACAGAAGACAGGCUUCAAAAGUGGGAACAGCAGAAGAUGAGAGACAGAGAAAAAAGAGACACAGAGAAGCAGCUGCUGGCAAAGAAGAAUGAGCAGGAGAAGGAGGAGAAACAGCAACUCAACCAGGAGCUGAAUGUGCUCAAAGAUGAAGCAAAGAGCAAGAAGCAUGAUCAUAUCCAGGAGGAGGUGGAGAGGUGGAACCAGGAGGCUCUGGCCAGUCAGCAAGCAGCAGAGGAAGCACGCCGCAAAAAAGAUCAGCUGCUUGCUAAGAUGCUAGAAAUAGAUUGUAAAAACCAGGGAGCCCAGGACUCCAUGCGUGCUGAGUCGAGUCCUCCUGAGUCCGGAAAAGGUAUCAGUGACCAUUCUUCUUCACGUCCUCCUGAGCAGAGGAGCCAUAAGGUUUCGAUUUUCAGCCUCACAGAAUCAGAGGAGUCAGCCAGUUUGCAUGCUGCUGCUGGAAGCCAGGAAGGCGGAAGGAGAAGACCAGGCGUAGAUGGUGGGGCUGUUACAACUGGAAUAGGAAGGAGAGCACUACAUACCCAAAUCUCUAGUGAUGACUUGGCAUUUGGAAGCUACGCACCCUCUUUUGGACAUUCAGCUUACCGGGGGUCUUCAGGUUUCCCUCCACCUCCGUCCAAAGACGACAGGGAGUCUGCUUUAGAAACAAUAGGUGUUUUUAGCCUCAGAGGAGUGGAGACAGAGAAGGAAAAGGAGAAAGGAAAGGAUGCAGACAAGAACCAGAAGUCUAGCCUCAUGCAGCAGCUAUUUGGAGCCCUGACAGUGCCUGCUGGUGACAAUGUGAGCACCUCCAAUAAAAGGGAGGUACUCAGCAGUCCUCCAGCUACCAAUGGAGUACGCUCAAGAAGGGAUGGACUGACAGGCUUCAAUUCAGGGUCUUUCACUCCUCCAGCCUCCUCUUUAAGCACCCUACAUGUAGCAGAUAGCAGACCUGCCAUCCGAGCCAUCACCUCAUUUGAUGAUGACCUAGAGGAACUGGCAUUAUGAAAAUAGGUAGUCAGUGUCAUAGCAAGCAAACACGCAGUCAAAAUGAGAUGCCAUGAGGUGAUUUCCAAAUACAAAUACAAAUCUGAGCAAUAAAAGAAGUCGACUUUCUCAAGAGAA